GAACCCGGGCUGUCUUGGGCCGGGCAGGGCGGAUGGCAACUCUCAAAAGGAAAUAGGAUCAUGGCAGCAGAUGAUGACAAUGGUGAUGGAACAAGUUUAUUUGAUGUCUUUUCUGCUUCUCCUCUUAAAAAUAAUGAUGAAGGCUCACUGGACAUAUAUGCUGGGUUGGACAAUGCUGUUUCUGACAGCACUUCCAAAUCCUGUGUGCCAUCUCGAAAUUGUUUGGAUUUGUAUGAAGAGAUCCUGACUGAAGAAGGAACUGCAAAGGAGGCAACGUACAAUGAUUUACAGGUAGAAUAUGGAAAAUGUCAGCUGCAGAUGAAAGAGCUGAUGAAAAAGUUUAAGGAAAUACAGACACAGAACUUCAGCUUAAAAAAUGAAAACCAGUCUCUUAAAAAGAAUAUUUCAGCACUUAUCAAAACUGCCAGAGUGGAAAUAAACCGCAAAGAUGAAGAAAUAAAUAAUCUUCACCAAAGAUUGUCUGAGUUUCCACAUUUUCGAAAUAAUCAUAAAACUCCAAGGACAUCAGAUGCAGUUAAAACAAAAGAUCUUAGAUCCAGAUCUCCUCAUUUGGAUUAUUGUUCAAAGACUGAUCAUAGAAUUAGAAAUGAUGUGUCUAAAGAUGUACAUCAUAAUACUUCAUUGCCAAACCUAGAAAAGGAAGGAAAUUCACAUUCUGAAAAAAAGAACACUUCACAUUUGCCUACAUCCAUUGAGAAGCACUGUACCAAUGGCUUAUGGUCACGUUCACAUUAUCAAGUUGGUGAAGGUAGCUCAAGUGAGGAUAACAGAAGAGGGAGAAAAGAUAUUAGACACAGCCAGUAUAAUAGAGGAACUGAUAGACCACAAAAAGAUUUAAGUAAUAGCUCUGGUGAUGGUGAACCAAGGAAUACAGAAACUAGUCCAAGGCUACAAGGACGUUCUGAGAAACAUGGUAAAGGUGAACAAAAAGCUGAGAACAAAAAUUCAAAUUUCAAAAGUAACACAGAUUCAGAUUACAGGAAUGAACGCAGCAGCUCUUCUUGGGAGAAGGAGACCUCCAGGGAAAGAUCACAUGCUCGAGUUGAAUCUCAAAAUGACAAAAAACUAGAUAGACAAAGCGAAAGGUCACAAAAUACAAAUAGAAAAGAACUUAAAUCACAGGACAAAGAAGAAAGAAAAGUUGAUCCCAAACUUAAAUCAGCAGGAAAGGAACAGGAUCACUGGAGAAGAUCUGAACGAGCACCACCUCCCCAUUCUAAGAUUGAAAUCAAAUCGUCUCAUAAUUCCAGUAAAUACCAUCCAGAGGAGAGAAGAGGAUGGGAGGAUUGUAAAAGAGACAGGUGGGUUAGCAGUCAUGGUUUUCAAGAUGGGAGGUGUUCAUCUUCUCUUUCAAACAGUAGAACUCACAAACACACGGACUCCAAGGAAGUCAAUGCUAUGCACCACAGGGAAAAUACACCUUUAAAACCUGAAAGGCACAGAACUGAAGAUAAGCGGAAAAGAGAACGAGAAAACAAAGAGGAGAAUAGGCAUAUGAGAAGUGACAAAAAGUCACCUUCAGAACAUUUGCAGACUGAUAAAGAAACUAAGAAAACCACUACUGAUUUAAAGAAAGAGAAUGAACCAAAAAAUGAUCAAGGAGAAGUCUCUAUUAGCAAAGUUUCUGACGGAGCAGAUAAUAAAGAGUUUGCAGUGAGAGGUGAGAAUGGUCCAAAUGAAACCAAAAAUAAAGACUUAAAAUUAAGUUUUAUGGAAAAAUUGAACUUAACUCUUUCUCCUGCAAAAAAACAGCCUGUUUCUCAGGAUAAUCAGCAUAAAAUAAUAGAUGCUCCCAAGUCCAGCAGUGGAUUUGAUUUAGAGUCCUCGGUACAGUCUGAAACAGGGACAUGUAUGCCUUCUGUCAGUGAACAUAUCCCAGAGGAAAACAAAUCAAAGUUACUGGAACCAAAAGAUUCUCUUCCAGCAGAGUCUGAAUUCAGGAUCAUUAUUCCAGAAAGCAAACCGGAAGAUAAUAGUUUACUGGUUAAAUCUGUUGAAAAUAUUAUGCCUUGUGAAAUGCCCAUUUGUUGUACAGAGACUUCCUUCUCAACACCUGUGCAAAUGGAACAACCAGAAUCCUUGUUUCCAUCAACAGAAACAGGAGAGAUUGUUGAUGGUGCAAGGGCAGAAGCCUCUGUGAUAAUGGAUGUAUUACAAAUGGGUGUUUCUCAAAACUUUGUCCUAGAAUUGGAUACCAAAAGACAAGGUGGUUUGAAUUCUUGUAUUUCUGAGGGUAUGGAGAUGAAAGAGGCUCCUGCAAGUAAAGUCGCUGAAACCAGUGAAACACAGGUGCCAUCUUCAAUUGAAGGAACUGGCAUUUCACCUGUAGUCCAUUCAGAACAUGAUAACCCCAAAUUUGAGCCUUCCCUUGUAGAUAUACCUCUGGUUGAAAGUAAGUCUUGUCAUUUGGAGCCCUGCUCACCUAAAGAGGCUUUAGCAUCUUCCCUUCAGCAGAUUGAAUUGAUGGACCACAGAAUGGAAAUUGGGGAAACAAACUCAUUAUGUCAUGAUGAUGAGAAUUCAGUUUUGAGCAUUGACCUUAAUCACCUGAGACCUAUUCCAGAAGCCAUCAGUCCUCUGAAUAGUCCAGUGAGACCUAUAGCAAAAGUUCUUAGAAUGGAAAGCCCAUCUCAUGUUCCAGUGUAUAAUAACAUUCAUAAAGAUGUGAUUCCACCAAAUUCUGUUAAUUGUAUGUCUAAGAGUCAGUCUGAUCUCAAUAAGGAAAAUCAAAAGCCAAUUCUCAAAUUUGAUGGAUGUACAGAAGAAGUUUCCUGUAAGAAUUCAUCUUUAGAUGAAUUAGAAGAAGGAGAAAUUAUAAGUGAUAGUGAAAAUCCUAAGCCACAAAAAAUUAUGGACAGAACUGCCAAACCUAGAACUUCUGCUAAAGUGCAGAACACAAAAACUAGCCCAGGCAGGAGGAAAAAUGCCAUGCAUUUGGAUAUAGAACAUAGAAAAACAUCUGUAAAAACCCACCAGACCAAUAGCAAAUGGAAUAAAAGACCAAGUGAAUCUAACAGAUCUUCAAAAACAGAGAGGAAAGAUAAAACAAUGAGUACUUCCAGCUUGGAAAAGAUAGUUUCAAUUAUUGCUGCACCCUCUUCUGUCCGAGAAAUAAUGCAUAUGUUGCGAGUGAUAAGAAAGCAUGUGAGGAAAAAUUAUAUGAAAUUCAAGGUAAAAUUUUCACUGAUACAAUUUCAUAGAAUUGUUGAGUCAGCAAUUUUGAGUUUUACAUCACUAAUUAAACACCUUGACUUAUCCAAGAUCUCUAAGUCAGUGACUACUUUACAGAAGAAUCUCUGUGAUGUUAUAGAAUCUAAACUUAAGCAAGUUAAGAAGAAUGGCAUAGUUGAUCGCUUAUUUGAACAACAGCUACCAGAUAUGAAAAAAAAAUUGUGGAAGUUUGUAGAUGAACAACUUGAUUAUUUAUUUGCAAAGCUUAAGAAAAUCUUGGUAAAGUUUUGUGAUUCCAUAAACUUUGGAAGUGACAGUGAUGACGGAAAAUCUGAAAAAACUUGUAAAGACAAAAGACAGUAUUCAAAUUCACAGAAGAGGAAUGUGGAUAAUUCUAACAAAAAAAUGUUGAGAGAAAAAUUGCCCAAACCAGAAGACUCUGUGAAUUGUAAGUCUUUGCUGGGAGGUAAAAAAUCUGAGGAGAAACAUCAAGUCCAGAAUAACUCCAGUCUUAACGCAGUGAAGCAUGACAUUAAAAGAAAUUUUAGCACUUGCUUUGAUAGUAUAAAAAACUCUCAGUCUGCUGAGCACUCUUUGGAACUAAACUGUCCAAGCACCUCAAAGCCAGGGAAAAAUGAAGGCAACACCAUAGAAGAUACACAGACAUCCCAGCAUGCAGCUUUAAAGCCAGAACGCAGUUUUGAGAUUCUUACUGAACAGCAAGCAUCCAGCCUAACUUUUAAUUUAGUUAGUGAUGCACAGAUGGGUGAAAUAUUUAAAAGUUUGUUGCAAGGUUCUGAUCUUUUGGACAACAGUGUUAAUUGUACUGAAAAAACUGAGUGGGAGUUAAAGACGCCAGAGAAACAGCUUCUAGAGAGUCUUAAGUGUGAAUCUAUACCAACUUGUACAACAGAAGAGCUAGUUUCAGGGGUAGCUUCUCCAUGUCCCAAAAUGAUUAGUGAUGAUAAUUGGUCAUUAUUAUCAUCUGAGAAAGGUCCAUCUCUGUCUUCAGGGCUUUCGUUGCCAGUUCAUCCUGAUGUGUUGGACGAAAGUUGUAUGUUUGAAGUGUCUACUAACACAGCUUUAAGUAAAGAUAAUGUAUGUAGUUCAGAAAAGGGUAAGUCCUGCAUUUCUUCCAUACUCCUUGAAGAUCUUGCAGUCUCUUUAACAGUACCAUCACCUCUGAAGUCAGAUGGUCAUCUCAGUUUCUUAAAACCUGAAGUUUUGUCUAGUUCAACUCCAGAGGAAGUUAUUAGUGCACAUUUUAGUGAAGAUGCCUUACUUGAGGAAGAGGAUGCAUCUGAGCAAGAUAUUCACUUAGCUCUGGAGUCUGAUAACUCAAGCAGUAAAUCAAGUUGCUCUUCAUCAUGGACAAGCCGGUCUGUUGCUCCAGGCUUUCAGUACCAUCCUAAUCUACCCAUGCAUGCUGUCAUAAUGGAAAAAUCCAAUGAUCAUUUCAUUGUGAAAAUAAGGCGUGCAGCACCAUCCACUUCCCCUGGUCUUAAACAGAAUGUGGCUGAUGAGUCAUUGGUACCUUUGCCAGGAAUUGGAAAGAAAGCUGAUGAAGCAGCAGAAAAAGAAUAUAUUUCAGAUCAGAACUCAGUUUUUAAGUCUCCAGAGUUGGAAUUAGAAAAUUCCAACAACAAUGUUGAUAGCAGUAAACCAACACGUGAAGAACAGGACUCUGUGAUACAAACACAGGUUCCUGAUAUAUAUGAAUUUCUUAAAGAUGCUUCAGGUAAAAUGGGUCGUAGUGAUGAAGUGACUGGUGAUUGUUUUAAAUUGCAUCAAGUAUGGGAACCAAAAGUGCCUGAAAGCAUUGAAGAAUUGCCUUCAGUGGACGAAAUCCCACACUCUGUGGUGGAUCAUCUUCCAAACACAUAUAUAGACCUAACAAAGGAUCCAGUUACUGAGACCAAAAACUUGGGGGAAUUCAUAGAAGUAACAGUUUUAAAUAUCAACCAGUUGGAAUGUUCUGGAGGCAAUUUAGAUCAAAAUGCUCAAAUAUUAGAUAAUUCUUUACACCCUGAUACUAUAGGUACAUUUAUUGAUUUGACACAAGAUGCUUCAAGUGAGAGUAAAAAUGAAGGGAACCAUCCUGUGUUAGCUAUUGAAGGUUUGGAUAAUCAGGUAAUAUGUGUAGAUGAAGAUAACUGUAAGGAAGAAAAGGUGCAAAUAGGAAAUAGGCCUUUGGAAUGCAUUGUUGAAGAAGACUAUAUAGAUUUGACCACAGAAUCUCCUGAUUUGUAUGAAGUAAAAAAGGAUGAUUUAAAAUCAGAGCCCACGUCAAUUUCUGAUGAUUCAGAAUUUCCUGGGGCUUUGGAUAAUGCUCACAAGAAGAGAAAAAGUUUUUCUAUGCUAAAUCAUUCUUCUCAGAAAAGACAAAGAAAGGAAACAGACAUAAUUAGUAGGGAAAAGACCAAACUUGGCCAAGAUUCUGGUGAAAGUGGGGAAGGUCAUCAAAAGAAAACCAGUCAGAAAAAACUCCCUACAGUGAAUAAAGAUCCCUCAUCAUUAAAGGCAAGCCCAAGUAUUAAGGAUUCAUCGAUAGCACCCAACAAUUCUACAAGCCUUUCUGCAAAGAAUAUUAUUAAAAAGAAGGGAGAAAUUGUAGUUUUGUGGACAAGAAAUGAUGACCGGGAAAUUUUAUUGGAGUGUCAGAAAAGAGGGCCAUCACUGAAAACGUUUACAUAUUUAGCUGUCAAGUUGAAUAAAAAUCCAAAUCAGGUUUCAGAAAGAUUCCAGCAGCUAAUGAAGCUCUUUGAAAAGUCAAAAUGCAGGUAGUUAAUGUUUACACUACGAGACUAGUAUAGUAAAUAUUUGACAUAAUGGCUUGUUAGUCAUUGAAGAUGUGAAUAAUGGGUGAGAGACAAUCCAUUUGAGUUCCUGCUUCAGUCUCAGAUUGAAGGAUGAUUGCAGGCACCUAAGGUCACCUCAUGUGCAGGGGCCUACUCAAUGAUGCCUGCUGCAGUUCAGAUCAGCAUGGCAUCUCUCCUCAACUUUCUGAUUGCUGAUGAGUCUUAAGGUGGGGGAAAAUGCAUUUGAUGAUUACUAAUAAAAUUUUUAUAGAUGAAAAAAAGUAAAAGAAUAUGUGUGAGUAGCAGUAUGUUUCAUAACUAGUGAAAUUUGCACAGUCAUCUAAUAUUUCUUGCAUCUUUUUAUCAAGAGUGUGAUACCUUAAAAUACAAAACACAGGCUCAUGAACAUGAAAUCCAUUGUCAUCUACAUAAAUGACAGGGUUUACUACAUUAAGGUAUUAAUACUUUUCACAAACCUAUAUGCCCUUAAUUUCUUUAAGUCAUUCUUGUAUAGUUUAUAAGGCAAUAAUUUUGAAUUAUCGGGGUUUUUUUGUUUGUUUCUCUAAGACCACAGAUAAUUGCUCAAAAUUGGAUUUUAUGGGAGAAAAAUUGGAACAAUAUUAAAUAUAUCACUAUAUUUUUCAGUUGAUUUAUAGUCAGAAUUAUGAAUGCCAAACAUCAAUGUUUAAAUUUGAGUUAAAUCUAAAUAGAAAACAUAUUUGGACAUGGAUCAUAGUUUGAAGGAUUUUAAAUAUUUUUGAGUUAUUAAUCCUUUUCUAGUCCACUUGUGAAUUAUUGUCUUCAGAUAACCUGUUAAUUUCUGUAUCUUCUCAAAGCAACUGGUUUGCUAUUGAGGUCUUCAAAUGAUUUUGUAGUAGUAUACUUCUUGACAAAAUCAGAAUUUAACAAUAGUUACCCAACCAAUUCUAUAAAAGCUAGCUCUUUAAUAUGUUCCAAGUAGAGUCAUUUAAAACAUGAAAAUGGUUAUACCAGAAAAAUAGAGUUAUAACUUUAGCAUUUUCUUGCAUUACAGAUAAGUUGCUGAAUUCCUUGGAGUUUUAAUUGAUAUUUCAUACUACACAGAAGCUUUGAAUUCCUCAUGUUUUAAAUGGGGAACUAGAAGGAGGUUUUAUCAGUUUUGAUUCCUAGAUGAUUGUCUACAUGUUGUUGCUUAUUGACUCUAAUCUCAAAUCAACAUGUUCAGCUUAUUCAGUCUGAUUUGCUUACCUGUCAUUGGUCAAAAUAUUUAUUUUUAAACAUGAGAACUUGUUAUCAGAAUGAAAGCCACAAUAAUGUAGUAUUGAAACCUUAGUUUUGAUAUUUCAAAGAAAUGACUUCCUUCUCGAUUUUUAGAAAGUUUUGUAGCAUUUUAAACUUAACUAUUUAGUUUAAUGUUUUCAUUCUUUUUUAAAUUGCCUUCCUUCAUUUUGGUAAAUUGUAAAAUAAUUUAAAUAGUGUAUUUAUAAAUAUGUAUAGUUAUAAUGAUGUAAAAUACUAUAUGUGUAUGGUGUGUAUGUACACACAAAUGGCCUUGCCUAGCCAGGAAUUUUUUAUGUGUAUAAAACUUUUUGUAUAAAGUUUGCUUUCGAUAACAGUAAUGUAUAAUAAAACCAUGUAAAGUUCUGGUAUA